AUGGGGGCACGUGACCCGGCACCAGCUGUGUGUGUGUGUGUGUGUGUGUGUGUGGAGGGACACAGAUGUCACUGAGAGCACAGCUGCAGUAUGUCACACAUGUAUUUCUGGGCUGAUCGGACUCCGGUCCACGAAGCCAUCAAACAGGGGCAGGUGCUGGAGUUGAAGGCGCUGAUCGAGAACGGGGCCUGCGUGAACAUAGUGACCGUGGACUCCAUCACCCCCUUACACGAGGCGAGCAUCCGGGGGCAGAUCCAGUCGGUGCAGCUGUUGCUUGCUGCGGGAGCUCAGGUCGACGCCAGGAACAUUGACGGGAGUACCCCCCUGUGUGAUGCCUGUGCCGCCGGCAGCAUAGAAUGCGUGAAGUUGCUGAUAAGUCACGGAGCAAAGGUCAAUCCGCCCAUCUACACCGUGUCGCCCCUCCACGAGGCCUGCAUGAGCGGCAGUGCGGAGUGCGUGAAGCUGCUGAUAGAGGAGGGGGCUCACAUGGAGGCUCAAAAUAUUUACUUCGGGACCCCGUUGCAUAUCGCCUGCUCUCGGCAGCACAUCGACUGCGUCAAGAUCCUGCUUGACGCAGGGGCCAACGUCAACACGGCCAAACUCCACGAGACAGCUCUGCACCUGGCCGCCAAGACCAGGAACGUGGACUUGAUCACCAUGCUGGUUGACUACGGGGCCAACGUCUACGCGGAGGACAAUCAGGGGAGGAAACCUCUCAGUUUCACAGGCUCCUCCAACACCCCAUCGUCCAAAUGCCUGCAGCACUUUGAGAGAACCCCAUUGAGUUUGGCGCAUCACUGCAGAGUAACGUUUCGCAGAGCCCUGGGCCCCAGCCGGAUGAAGUCCAUCUCUCAGUUGAGCAUUGCUCCGAAGCUUAUUGACUUCCUGUCUUACGACUUCUGAAAGCGCGAGCGUAACCUCCGGCGAGUGGCCGGGAAUGGUUUGCCCGGAAGCCAUCGGGUUUCUUUGUUCACGGGAAACGAACGAUUGCGUCGAGGUACGCUCACGAGCUUCGUGGAGUUCUGCUGAGAGGAAGAAGCAUAAGGAAACAGCAACAACGCAACACCAACCCAACCAACCCAACCAACCGUACUCAGCACAAACCAGUAUCUUCUCUUCCCCACACGCUCCCCCACUCACU